AUGAAUUGUACUUCAAGAAACGAAAAUGCUCAAAAGGUCGAGCCUGCCUUCUACACUGUCAUUCCUCCGAAGCUACAUCCAACAGGAAUCUUGGUGUAUCAUUUGGCCACCAAAAUUGAUACAGUUGACGAUAAAUUUGAUGACGUGCAUUGCGUCCCAUUUAUCAUUCGUACACUUCCCAAGCAUAUUGGUUGUGAGCAACCAUUUGAAGUUUAA